AUGCGGUCUGGGUUGUUAGUCUUAGCGGCUGCAGAUAUUGUUCGCAGCCUGCCACAAACUGUAUCAGAGAAGCCCGACAAUCUUGACCGUCGACUUAUGAAUGGUCUUGGGAAGACCCCUGCUCUAGGCUGGAAUAGCUGGAACCAAGGCGGCUGUGAAGCUGCUACUGCAGUUGUAGCCCUCAACACCGCAAGCGCUUUCAUCAACCUCGGCCUUAGAGAUGUUGGCUAUACCUAUAUCAACAUUGACGACUGCUGGUCCACCACAUCCCGCAAUAGCUCUGGCUAUCUUGUUCCAGACCCCAAUAAAUUUCCCCAGGGCAUUAAGGCGCUGACAGACCAGAUCCACUCAAUGGGUCUGAAAUUCGGGUUGUAUGGUGAUGCCGGCACUAUGACUUGUGCUGGGCACCCUGGCAGCCAAGGGUACGAAGUGCAAGACGCCAAAUUGCUGGCCAGUUGGGGGGUCGACUACUGGAAGCAUGAUAAUUGCUACACGCCUUGCAAUGCAGGGCUACAACAAACAUGCACUAACCCUGCUGGAAGCUCGCAGACGUGGUACAUUAAGAUGCGAGAUGCACUGCUGAGCUCGGGACGACCCAUUUUCUACUCGUUGUGCAACUGGGGACGCGAUAAUGUCUGGACAUGGGGAGCGGAUGUCGGGAAUAGCUGGCGAAUGAGCAUCGAUAACUGGGGCAAUUGGGCAGAUGUUGUGCGCAUCGCUAGUGAGGCAGCACCAAUUGCCUCUUACUCUGCUGCUUACGGAUUCAACGACCUAGAUAUGAUGAUAAUUGGCAACGGCAGGCUCACAACCGCCGAGGAGCGAACCCACUUCGGUAUAUGGGCUAUUUCGAAGUCACCUAUUAUCAUGGGAACAGACCUGACGAAGCUGACAACUGAGCGGCUUAAUCUGAUCAAAAACAGAGCCCUAUUAGCCAUCAACCAAGAUUCCCUCGGAAAGGCUGCAACUACCUUCCGUCCCAGCGGGGCAGCCUCCCCCGUUUCUGGCCAGCUCUAUCCCUACUGGGCGGGACCGCUCUCUGACGGUGUCGUUGUUGGCCUAGUGGCUCCUGACGGUGCCCAGACUUUGUCAGUCAACUUUGCUGACGUGCCGGGACUCGGCGCAGGGACCUUCGCCUGGACGGAACUGUAUAGUGGGCACACAGGCAGUGGAAUCUCUGUUAGUGCCAAUCUAAAUGCACAUGAUAUGGCCGUCUUCAAGGUGGUUCGGAUUGCGAGCGGGUAG